AGAGAGAGGGGGGCAGAAGUUGGAUAUUUUUGAAAAAUUGGGACAAAACUGUUGGUCAAUGGAUAUCCACAAAUAUACAUAUAUAUGGAUGAAACUAUUCAGAGAGUUUCCACUUUCUUUCCUUUGAGAGAGAGAGAGAGAGAGAGAGAGAGAGAGAGAGAGCAUUCAAAGAUGGCUUACGGUGCUGUUUGUUGUCUUGAGAUGACAAUUGAGCGCCUUUUAAAUUCUUGUCAUAUUUCGAUUGUUCAAAAUUCAUCCCGACAAAUCACUAAUCUUUUGUACGAGGAGAUUCUUUCCUUAAAAGAAACUCUCGAAAAAUUCAAUACAAGGAUGAACACCGUUAACAUGAAGAUGGUGAAAAAAUUGGAGGCAGAAAUCAUAGAUGCAGUAUACCAAUUUGAAGAUGUAAUCGAACCCCAUCUCUCAAAUCAGUUCCAUUCACAAUCUGAAGAAGAGACCGACGACCAUCCUCCAUUAAUGUUGUUCUCGGUAGACCUGCAAGAAAUAAAGCAAGAUAUCGAUUCCUUUAUCGAAACGGUGGACAAGAUGAAGAAGGCUUACAUGCAUGAGUUAUGCAACCCUUCGCCCGAAGAAAAUGAAGAAGAAGAAGAUGAAGUUGAGUCGAGAAUCGAUAUAGGUGGAGAUGAGUCCAACAUGGUUGGAUUAUCUGAUCUAUUUACAGAAAUCAAAGAUCGGCUUAAUUCCUCACAAUCUGAAGCGAUGAUUUUGUCUCUCUAUGGGAUGGCGGGCGUUGGUAAGACUACUCUUGCGAAGAAACUCUAUCAACAUCCAUUAAUUGCGAGUCGUUACACCACGCGUGUGUUCGUGACCAUAGGCCCAAAAUAUCAACUAGCGGAUGUCUUGGUAGAUAUUCUAACACAAGUGAAUGCCGAUGCCGUUGAUGAAAUUAUGCUUACGAAGGGAGAUGAAUUAUUAGUCGAGUUGAAAAGGAUGGUGCACGAAAGUUUAAUGGAUUCGAGAUACCUAAUCGUGUUGGAUGAUGUUUGGUAUAGAAAGCCGUGUAUUGAGUUGGUGAACUUAUUUCCGUACCAUAAUAAUGGAAGUCGAAUAUUGCUUACAACUAGGAUACAACAAGUAGCUCAUUGUGCUACUAACCAUUUGAGUACUUUUAGAAUACCCUUUCUUGAUAAGAAAGAAAGUUGGGAUCUUCUUCGUCACAAGGUGUUUGAUGAAAUGUCUUGUUCUCGUGAACUGGAGAAAGCUGGAAAGAAAAUUGCAGAGAAUUGUGAAGGUCUUCCUCUUACAAUAGUUACAGUUGCCAGCAUCCUUUCCAAAGCUGACAAGACUUUAGAGUACUGGAACAAAGUAGCUGAUGAGAAACAAAAUUCGGUUUACAAAGAUGCAUAUGAUCAAAUGUCAAAGGUACUAUAUCCAAGCUACCACUACAUGGAACAACAUUUGAAAGCAUGUUUUCUCUACAUAGGAGCCUUUCCACAAAAUUGUGCGGUACAUACAUACCAAUUGAUCGAUUUGUGGGGUGCUGAAGGAUUUCUUAACACAAAAUUUAGUACUCGUUCUUAUUUGUUUGGGCUUUGUACGAAAUAUGUUAUCAUGUACAACAUAGAAACACGCGGAUAUUACCUUCAUUCAUCCUUUUGGUACCUAUGUAACAAAGAAGCUUCCAAGAACAAGUUGUUCUAUGCCUUAACUUGUCUUGCUGAUGCCUUACCAGAAGAAGGUAUAAAGUACCAGCGUCGAUUGAGCAUUCGAAAUAGUAUUCUACUUGCCAUCGAGGAUGCGCACAACUCAAUGGCAUCAGCAUCAACGGUACGCUCCAUCCUCUGUACCGGCUAUUAUCAUCAAUAUCCGGUACCACUGUGUUUGGAACAUUUAUGGUUGCUCAGGGUAUUGGAAGCUCGAAUCAGAUUCUAUGAGUUCCCAAUGGAAGUGCUGAAACUAGUUCAACUAAGAUACCUUAGUCUCGCUUAUGAUGGAAACUUACCGACUUCCAUUUCCAAACUUUGGAACCUUCAACACUUGAUUGUUGAGCAACAUCUAAGAAUUGUAAAAUUUGGUGGGAAUCUAUCGUAUCUGCCUAUUGAGAUAUGGAAUAUGAAAGAGUUGAAGUCUCUUCAUACCGGGAGGAGAGACCUACCACAUCCUUGUGAAGGAUCGGUCGGCCUACCAAACCUCUUAACACUCUUAGGUGUGAGUCCUCAAAGCUGCACGAAAGUCGUUCUUGAAAAAAUUCCUAAUCUGAAGAGGCUAUCGAUUAUAAUCGAACUAGCUUAUGAUGCUACCGAGUCCUUGAACUGCUUUGAUCACAUUUCCCAUCUCCAUGAACUAGAAGAACUAGUCUGUAAGAUUGAGAAUCAUGUAUUGAAGACCGAUGUUGUAAUUGCCCCACUUGCUCCUCUUUCAGACUUCCCAUCAAGUCUUACAACGUUAACUUUGAAGGGUAGUUUCGGAUAUCCAUGGGAAGAAAUGAGAAAGAUUUCUUCAUUGCCAAAUCUUAAUUCUCUGACAUUGCAGUGCUAUGCCUUUCGAGGCCCGAAGUGGGAGGUUCGUGACGACGAAUUCCAAAGUCUAGUAUUUCUCGAGAUCGAAGACACUGAUUUGGUGCAAUGGAAGUUUGUGACAACAAAUCCGUGCCUCCCUGUUGUUUCGUUCCUUCAAAUCAAACAUUGCUACAAGCUAAAAGAGAUCCCUCUCACAUUUGGUACAUCUUUCCAAACCGUUGGCAUCGUUGACUGCAACCCUAUGAUUGUGAAUUGUGCGAACAAAUUAAAAGAGGAGUGGGACCGCACACAUGUUAGCCGUGGACGUUCGUUAAUUCUUAAUGUUUGUUCUUCACUGUAACGACGGGAAUUUCAUUGAAUCUUCAAAAGGUAAAUUGUUUCAGGAAUCAUAGGCUGAUUGAUCAUGAGAGAAAUUACAUCAACAUUGUUUGCAUCUUGGAAUUGGAGGAACGUACUUCGAGUUUUCGAACCGAUAAAUAAAAGCAUCUUUGAAUAUUUUGUUAAUUAUAUAUAUCCAUUUUCUUGA